UGAUUUCCCCCAGACGCUGACCAUCACACACACACACAGCACACUGAGAGUGGACAGAAGGUAAAGGCUGAGAAAGAACUUCAACAAAACUAAAGAAAGAUCCUGAGUCAAUCUAAGGAGAGGCUGAGAAAGAAAAAGGAAAGGAAGAAGAGCAGGGGGAACCAGACAGGAGAAAGAGGUGCUGUGUGCUGUGUUGUAACUGAAACCACCAACAAAAUUAUCAACACAAAUUUAUGAAAAUCUACCACUCUGAAGAUUUUUCCAGAUAUUUCUGUCUAGAAGUAAACACAAAUAUAAAAGCUUGUGCUAUUUUAAGAAGUGACGACUGACCUCAGCGUCAAGUUGCUGGAUUGUUGGUAAAUUAACCUCAUCCUUUCUCUACUGAGGUCAAACAGGAGUCAAUUUACCAAACUCUACUCAAAACAACUCAAAAAGUUACAAAAACAGAUAAUUUACUUCAAAAAACUUUAAGCAAAAGUUAAAGAACAUGGCCCCUAAAAAGAAGGCCCCACGUCAAAAGAAGGCGACCGUUGACGCCGUGUCCCCGGUUGCCAUGGAGACCGCUCCCGCACCGCUGAAAGUGGAGAGCCGUGGUGAUGGAGUGGUGGUGGUGGAGAGUGGUGUCAGGAAGAUCGAACAAAUGGCGGCGCUCGACAUCGCCCAACUGAACAGCCUCAACCUGCCGCUGCCUCCGCCCGUCAUCAAGCCCGGAGAGAGAGGCCUGGGCCUGGGGAGUGAGCUGACCCGACCCCUGCACGGAAACGCCCUGCUGGAGGAGCUCAGCAAGAUGCGACAGGAGAAGUUCCUGACAGACCUGGAGUUGGCCUGUAAGACCAAGGCCUUUGAUGUCCACAAGCUGGUUAUCUCCUCCAUCAGUCAGUACUUCAGAGAGAUCCUGGCCAAAGAUCCUGGCAUGAAGCGCCUGGAGCUCCCCUCCCUGUCACCUCUGGGACUGGCCAACGUCAUCACCUUUGCCUAUCUGGGCCGUGUCCACAUGUCCCUUUACACCAUCGGCUGCACCGUCUCUGCCGCUGCCACCCUGCAGAUCCCUCAGCUCCUCAAGAUGUGCAUGGACUUCCUGCUGGCUGAGCUCAAUGUGCAGACCUGCGUCUACGUCUGGAACAUUGCAGCCGCCUAUGGCCUGCUGCCUGUCUGCGAGGCCGCCCGCCGCUUCGUCCUAGACAACUUUGUACAGUUUGCGGAGACGCCACUGUUCACCCAGCUGACCCUGGAGCAAAUCUCCGCUUUCCUGCAGGAUGACUCACUGACCCUGCCUUCAGAGGUCACUGCCUUCCAGCUGGCCAUGAAGUGGCUUGACUUUGACGCAGCUCGCCAUCCUCACGCUGCAGAGCUCCUUUCCCAUGUCCGUUUUGAGACCAUCCCGGCUAGUGAGCUGGUGAGCCAGAUCCAGCCAGUGCCUCGCAUGAUGCUGGACCCUCAGUGUCACCGCCUGCUGGUUGACGCCAUGAACUACCACCUGCUGCCCUACCAGCAGAACACCCUGCAGUCCCGGCGUACACAGGUCCGCGCCGGGCAGCUGACCCUCCUCACCAUCGGCGGACGCCCCUCCCUCACUGAACGUGCUCUCAGCCGUGAGGUGCUGUGGAGAGACCCUCGUGAUGGAGGAGCCACCUGGCGUCACCUCACCCAGCUGCCAGCCAAGAGUUUUAACCAGUGUGUGGCUGUAAUGGACGGCUUCCUGUACGUGGCAGGAGGAGAGGACCAGAAUGAUGCCCGGAACCAGGCCAAGCACGCAGUGAGCACCCUGAGCAGAUACGACCCUCGCUUCAACACCUGGCUCCACUUGGCCAGCAUGCGUCAACGCCGCACGCACUUCUCUCUGGCUGCCAGUGGUGGGCGCCUCUUUGCCAUCGGAGGUCGUAACGUCGAGGGUCUCCUGGCCACCACCGAGAGCUACCUGCCGUCCUCCAACACCUGGCAGAUGCGUGCGCCCAUGGAGGUGCCCCGCUGCUGCCACUCCAGCGCCACCCUGCCCUCUGGAGACAUCCUGGUGACCGGUGGAUACAUCAACUGCGCCUACUCCCGCUCUGUGGCCUGUUACAGCAUGGAGUCUGACACCUGGACGGAGAAGGCCUCCAUGGAGAUGCCCCGCGGCUGGCACUGCUCUGCCACCCUCGGAGGGAAGGUGUACGUGGUUGGAGGCAGCCAGCUGGGGCCUGGUGGCGAGAGGGUGGAUGUGCUUUCCGUUGAGGUCUUCUCACCAGAGAGUGGUACCUGGACCCGGGCCGCUCCUCUCCCGCUUGGUGUGAGCACUGCCGGCCUGUCCCCAUUGGCUGAGAAGCUGUACCUGCUGGGAGGCUGGAACGAGGCGGAGAAGCGCUACAAGGCGGCCGUUCAGAAGUACGACCCAGCCACAGACAGCUGGUCAAUGGCCGAGGAUCUGCCUGAGCCCACGGUGGGAGUGUCCUGUUGCACCCUGACCCUGCCACCUCGCCAUGCACCACGCCGGCAGCAGCAUCGCAACACCCCGGCCCACGAAGACCAGCAGCAGCAGGCCGUGAAGAACCGAAGCAGAGAGAACAGCGUGGCUCCAUCACAGACCAUCACAGCGUAGAGACAGAAUGAAAAGAUGAGACUCGACGAGAGGAGCGAUGAUGUGACCUCUGCAGAACAUCUGGACCACGGCCACUGCUUUUUCUGCUUCUAUUGACGUUACAAAAAAUGACAAAAAAAAAACAGAAGAAUUGACCGUAUACAUAAAAAAUGAUGAAGUUAUUUCCAAAACAUCUUCCUCCUCCUUCAGAAUGUAGAAAUGCAAACUAAAUGUGCAAAUAUUUGAGGUUUUUUUUAUCAUACAUUUAAAGGUUUUUCUUCCAGUUUACCCCUUUAGUCUCAGAGAAAAUAAGACUUUUCCUCAUAAAAUUGUGACUUCAAUCACAAAGAGCAUCAGACUUUUUACAUAGAUUUCAUGACUUUGAUUUCUGAGAAAAUUAAAGUUAGAGUAUUUAUUACCCCCUCCGUCGGUUUCAUCAAAAAAUUCUUUCACUGAUCUUAAUACAUGUCAUUAAAAUUACUAAUGACACUGGCAUUAAAUUAUGUGAGUCGAAGACGCUGAUGUAUAUUGUAUGUACAAAUUGAUCAUGCAGAGAUGUGUGCAGCCAGGCUGUGGGAGAAAGAAAAGAGAGCAUUCAUGGUCCAAAGUUUUCUCAGAGGGUUGAAAGAGUGAUGGAAAACAGAAGGGAACGAGGUGGAGAAGGGAAGAAGUGGAGAAGUGGAGGAGGUGGAGAGAUGGUGGAGGAUGCAAAGAUGGGAACAGGUUUGGGUUUGGACAAACAUCAGGACAACUGUGAAUCCUCUGGCAGUUUCUGUACAAAGAUGUAUCUAAGCAGAGUGUGACUGUGAAAAUAUGUGUGAGUGGGUGAGUGAACGACAGGAGUGUGUGCGUGUGGACGCCACAGGAAAUGAGCCAUUUACCUUUUCCAACAAAUACAGAAAAUAAGAUUUCUCAUCAGCAAACUUGAAAUAUUUCUUAUCACCAUCAAAGCAGGCCAACAAUAAACCACUGGUUUAUUGUUUUAUUUAUUUUAUGAAGAUCUGUGAGGCGUAGUGUUAGUGUAUUUUCACACAAAAUGACAAAAAAAUGUAGAUGUAGAAGUUAAAAUUUUAUAAGUGUAAUGUAGAGGAGGGAUUAGAGGACGGCAGUGUGAAAUCAGCAACACUGGUGAGAUUUAUAAUCGAAAUAAUAAUAAAAAAAAUAGCACAAGCUCAAAACUGAAUGAUUUACCUUCCCAAGAAGUGUACAUUUUAUGAAGAGCGAAAAAAAAUUUGAAAAAAAAGAGAAAAUUGACAAAAAUUACAUCAUCAGAGGAAAAUAACUAUUGAAAACAGAUGUAAUUGCUCACCUUGGUUUGUAUUUUAAACAUUUGCCUUCCUCAAAAGACAAAUUUCUACGGAAACUUGACAAACAAAAGAACCUGUGAGACUCCAGCAGGUGUGAGGACGAACUGAAGCACAGUGAGAGUUCAACCAUUGAUCAUGUGACUCAACGAGGCUGAUCUGGCUCUUCUAAUUGACUGCUUCCCUCUGUAUUUGUCUCCUCUGGUGAAAACUGUGCAGGUGGUUUGGUGGAGUUUCACUGAAUAAAGCCAAUCUGAUCAAAACUUA